GACAUUGCCAAGCCGCCUGGAGUGUGAAAUGGUUCUCGUCCGACUUGCCGGCUGCUGUCGGCUGAUGCAACUCAACAGAACAGUGAACGGAUCAGCCAGCUUUCUUUCUGCCGCAUCCUGCCGCCUUUCUUCCUGGCAACCGACUGACCUCAUUGAACUCUUUGGUCGCUCAACGGGCCCGGGGUUCGCCUGCAGUGGGAAUUUACAACAGUGGCAAAGACGCUCGACGACCCUUUCACUGCAUGGAGAUGAGAAUUGUAUCCUAGCUUGUGAUUGACUGAAUAGAUUGCGCGUUCCCUGAGUUCCCGCCCUUCAACAUGACGACCAAGAAGCCCUUCAACUGGUGGUUAUGGACCAAGAUGGUUGUGGUCGGUGGCGCCAUCUGCGUCGGAGGUCCGGCCUUCACAAGGUGGGUUAUGCCCACGGACGAGGAGCUCUUCAAAAAAUACAACCCCGACCUUCAGAAGCGGAGUUUGGAAGGGAGGUAUGAGAGGCAAAAGGAGUUUGAUGACUUCGUUACGAAGCUCAAGGAGUACUCCAAGUCCGACCAGCCAAUAUGGGCUGUCCAAGCUGCGGAGGAGAAGAAGGCAAAGCAGGCCUCCCUUACUGAUGCAGUGAAGAUGGCCGAGGAGGCCAAGGCGAGAAAAGAAGCAUUGAGAAGAGAAGCCGGCUUGCCGGUGGACUCGCCAUCAUCAAGCUCUGGGAGUCGGUGAUGCCGAGGUGGAAGGAGGCAUAAUGUGGAAGGCUGUAUCACAGGCUGUUUGACUGUACGAUGUGAAUGGGUUGGGACUGUACAACAGGGGGUUUGCAGGAUGGCUCUACCUUAGUGAUGAGCUUUAAUCACUGGGAAUCCCAAGACACACUACCAUUGUGUGCGAGACAGCGAGAGAGCUUGCCGAGUACGAUCAGGCGUUGCAAGGCGUCAUGGCGAAGAAGAGCCUGGAAAUGGAAUUGUCUGUUCUGAAUGCGGGGCACCUAUCUCAGCCCAACUCACUAUCUUACUUUGUCUCAAAGUCACUGGCUCUAGACGAAGCUGAGUGGUGCUGAGAAACAACAAGCCUACUGCAAGGUGAGGCUCGGUGAAGGCAGGUCAGCACUGAGCAGUUGUCAAAGUGGGGUAAACGUUAUUGCGUCGGCGAAAAAAUAUCAGGGCCCAAGCGCACACAAUUUCUACACC